UCAACCUCCGCCCAGAGGAAACAAACAAAAGAUUGCUUUCUACAGUAGGUUUCUCACCUCAGUUUGGCAGGUGUCAGUACCAGCACUUUCCAUCUGCCUAUACUCAGAAAAAUAAUGGACGCCAGGGAACAACUACAGGAGCUCCUGACAGAGUAUGUAGAGGACACACUCAUCUGUAUUUCAACAGUGAGGGACUUCUGUGACAAACAACAAAAAUGGUCCCUCCAGAGAGAGACAGAGCUGGAUAAUAUGAGAGACAUCAAGGACAGAGCAGAUCAAGUCAGUCUUAAGUUUGACCAUGUUCAGCGCUCUGAGAACAAAGCCAAGGCGUUUGGUGAAUACCUGUGGAGUGGUAUAACUCAGGUCACAGCUGACUCCAAAUAUCAGGAGCUGGAGAAGGAACUGGAUGCCGUCCUGAAGGACACACUUGAAGGGCUGCUGAAACUUGACCACUUUCUGGAUGCAGUGGAGAAGCUCACAGUCACCUCACUGUUUGUCUUUACUGGACGGAGCUUCUUGCCACAGGGAGAGAGUCCUGAAAGUGUGCGAUCAGUCAUCACAGCUGCCAGAAUGGCCUCUCCUCUCCUUAUCCACUUUAAACGCAAUGCAGAAACUUUCUUCCUACCUUCUCUCAGUAACCUGGACGUCCUGGCCUUUCAACUAGACAAAUACAUACGUAUCACAGAACAGAUCUGUGCAAAGAUGGAGAAAAAAUCUAAGAGUGUUUUUUGGUAUGAUGACAUCGAUAAUCUUAAGAAGGGUGAGCCCUUAGUAAAGUUCAAUUUGAACUUAAGUGAGGACUCCAUGCAAAAAAUGCUUGAUCAUUUGAAGCAGUUGUGCAAAAUAAGGAUGGACCAGCACACCAGGAUGACCUUCAUUUUUCAGGAACACGCUCAGCACUUCAUUGGUGUAUUCAGUCAGCGUCGCUCUAGAAUGGAGCAGUUCCUGUCAGAUCUGGAGGAGAGUGCAGUUCAGCUGGACAGGAUGAAAAAGGGGGCCAAUAUCUCCACUGUGGCUGGCAGUUCAGUGGGGAUAGCAGGGGGUGUUUUGUCCAUCGUUGGCCUUGCUCUUGCGCCAGUCACCGCAGGAGUGUCACUGGCUCUUACUCUGACCGGUGUCAGUCUGGGGGUCACCAGCGGUGUCAAUAGUUUGGUCACAGGCAUCACUGAGGCAGCAGUCAACAACCACCAUGGAAAAAAUGCACAGAACAUUUUUAAGAAUUUCAUGGAUGAUAUGGGGAAGAUUCUAGACUGUCUGGAGCAGGCCAGUAAUGAGGAGCAUUUAGAGGGAAUUGAUGUUGUAGAUAUGUUUGGAGCAGGAAAGCUGAUAGCUCGUGCAGGAGGACUGGCCAAAGGUAUUGAUGCUCUGGUAGAUGCAGCUUCAGCUGUUAAAGUUCUCAAAAGCGAAGAGGUGAUUGCAACUGCAGCCAAGGUUGGACUCCAGGAGGCGCAAAGUGGUCGUAACAUUCCCAAACUCGCUGCAGACCUGCCUGACAUUGGGCAGCUGGCAAAAGGGACACCACUAGCGCUCUCAAAGUCUGCUAGAGCUGGAUUCAUCACUCUAAAUGCCCUCUUUAUUGGCUUAGAUGUCCUGUUUAUUUGCAAAGAUAGUAUAAGUCUGGCCAAAGGGAGCAAGAGUGAAAUCUCACAGCUCAUCCGCUCCAGAGCAGCUCUGUGGAAAUCUGAGCUGGAGACCUGGCAGAAGAUCCAUGAUUCCUUAUGCAUUGGAAUAUGGAGGUUUAGGAAGAGCCAGGAUGUGUUGGAGCAACUCUUUCUCCCUUAAAUUAGUUCCAGAGCAAGUUGCUGCUAAAGCACUUUUCAAGAUUCAAGAUUUCAAGUUGAGAUGAACAUUAAAUAUUUGUAUUUGAAUGAAAUGACUGCAUCCAUUACAGUUAGAUCUUCUGUCCUGUAACGCUAAUCAGUUAUCAACAGUUAUGUAUUUUCAAGCAUUCUGACUUGUUAAUUCAUGUUAUGAAUUUUGUAGGCCUUGCUGAGAUCUGCUCAAUUUAUAGCAUAUAGUAAAUGUAUGUUAAAAGUAAAAAAUAAAAAACGUGAAAAUUAUUACAUUCUGGUCUAAGCUUAGUCUAAGCUUAAAAAUCUGUUUAUUAUGCAUGUGUACAUAUCAUUUACACCGUCAAACAACAAUUGUAUAUAACUUUGAUUAAAAAAAAAUUAAAUGCA